GCGCCGCCGCUGAGCGCGCAGGUGAGGCCGGCCCCGCCAUGGUGGACCCCGUGGGCUUCGCGGAGGCGUGGAAGGCGCAGUUCCCGGACUCGGAACCGCCGCGCAUGGAGCCGCCGCACAUGGAGCCGCCGCGCAUGUCGGUGGGCGACAUCGAGCAGGAGCUGGAGCGCUGCAAGGCCUCCAUCCGGCGCCUGGAGCAGGAGGUGAACCAGGAGCGCUUCCGCAUGAUCUGCCUGCAGACGCUGCUGGCCAAGGAGAGGAAGAGCUACGACCGGCAGCGCUGGGGCUUCCGGCGCGCGGCGCAGCCCCCCGACGGCGCCGCCGAGCCCCGCGCGCCCCUGCCGCGCCCGCAGCCCGCGCCCGCGGACGGAGCGGACCCGCCGCCCGCCGAAGAGCCGGAGGCCCGGCCCGACGGAGAGGGCUCCCCGGGCAAGGCCAGGCCCGGCGCAGCCCGCAGGCCCGGGGCCGCCGCGUCGGCGGACCGGGACGACAGGGGGCCCCCCACCAGCGUGGCGGCGCUCAGGUCCAACUUCGAGAGGAUCCGCAAGGGCCACGGCCAGCCCGCGGCGACGGACGCCGACAAGCCCUUCUACGUCAACGUGGAGUUUCACCACGAGCGCGGCCUGGUGAAGGUCAACGACAAAGAGGUGUCGGACCGGAUCAGCUCCCUGGGCACCCAGGCCAUGCAGCUGGAGCGCAAGAAGUCCCAGCAGGGCCCCGGGCAGGGCGCGGGGGACACGCCCAGGCCCGCGUACCGGGGGCGCGCCUCGGAGAGCGGUUGCGGCGUCGACGGCGACUACGAGGACGCCGAGUUGAACCCUCGCUUCCUGAAGGACAACCUGAUCAACGCCAAUGGCGGAGGCAGACCCCCUUGGCCGCCCCUGGAGUACCAGCCCUACCAGAGCAUCUACGUCGGGGGCCUGAUGGGGGAUGGGGAGGGCAGGGGCCCCCUCCUGCGCAGCCAGAGCACCUCGGAGCAGGAGAAGCGCCUCACCUGGCCGCGCAGGUCCUACUCCCCCCGGAGCUUUGAGGACUGUGGAGGCGGCUACACCCCGGACUGCAGCUCCAACGAGAACCUCACGUCCAGCGAGGAGGACUUCUCCUCCGGCCAGUCCAGCCGCGUGUCUUCCAGCCCCACCACCUACCGCAUGUUCCGGGACAAGAGCCGCUCACCCUCGCAGAACUCGCAGCAGUCCUUUGACAGCAGCAGCCCCCCGACGCCGCAGUGCCACAAGCGACACCGGCACUGCCAGAUUGUCGUGUCGGAGGCCACCAUCGUGGGCGUCCGCAAGACCGGGCAGAUCUGGCCCAGCGAUGGAGACGGCGCCUUCCAUGGAGAGGCAGGUGGGUACUCGGGCCGCCAUGUACGGGCGCACCUGUACCAGGGCAGAAAACCACCUGGGGGUGGGGGCGCGAAAGGGGAAGUGGUGGAGAGAGGAGUGGGUGGUACUUUGGGGAGUGAUUUUUGUUCAAGUGCUGGUCUGCGCCUGAUGGAACUUCAGCACCUCUUCCCUCCUGAAUGCAGAUUCUCAGUACUUGGAAUGGCAUUGGGUUGGAGGGGGAAGAUGGGAAAUGGCUUGUUCCUUUAGUCCGAGGAGGGCGUCUGCUUCUUGCAGGUACAGCCUGUGAGUUAGGUAGAAUGCCCUGGGUGGUAAUCUCCCUGCCCUGUAAGCAGUGAGGAUGGUGUA